AUGUUUCGACUUUCAUCGCUUACCAAAAACAUAAACCACCGCAGAUCCACCACGACCCUACUCCAUCAAGGUGCAAGAAGAUCCUACCAUGAUGAUGGUGUCUACGGCUAUCGCGUUGCCAAAGAGUUCAAGCUCCCAGACUACACUGCGGAAGAGCUCUCCAAUCGUAUGAAAUAUGGCAGUCUAUUGCGUAUGGUGCAGGCGUAUCGUACUCACGGACACGAAGGCGCGCAUUUGGAUCCAUUGAACAUUAUGAAGAGAAAGGAGGUGCUUGCUCUGAAGCCAGAGAGAUACGGAUUAGGCGAAAAUGCGUCAGAAAGCUACAAUCUGGCUGGUAUUUUGCAUGUCAACGAUGCCAUGCAAGAAAAGAACCUAGGUAACGAGGCUGAUUUUAAAACUAUUUUGGAUCACUUGCAAGCUGUUUAUUGUGGGAAAAUUGCAUACGAGUUUAUGCAUUUACCAUCUGCUAGCGAAAGAAGAUGGUGGUAUCACGCUGUGGAGAGCUGGGAGAAGCCUCAAUUGGAUGUGGAGCAAAAGAAGCGUAUUCACGAGAUACUAUCCAAGUCAGAGGUUUUUGAUCAGUUCCUGGGCAAGAAAUUCCCCAACCUCAAGAGAUAUGGUCUUGAGGGUGCUGAAAGUAUGAUGGUCGCUUUGGAUCGCUUAUUUGAGCUCUCGGCAAAGAACGGCAUCCAGGACAUCGUCAUUGGCAUGCCUCAUCGUGGCCGUUUAAACCUGCUUUGCGACCUAUUGCAAUAUCCCUACGCAGCUCUUUUUCAUAAGAUGAAGGGCCAUUCUGAGCUCCCUGAGGGCACUUUUGGCUCAGGGGAUGUCAUUUCCCAUCUGGUCAACAAUCCUGAUUUGACGUACGGAGGAAAGAAGGUGCAUGUGUCUCUGUUGGCGAAUCCAUCUCAUCUAGAAGCAAUCAAUCCCGUGGCUAUGGGUAAAGCUAGAGCAAAGCAAACGGGUCUUUUGGCGUCCUCAGAGGAAACUUGCAACUUGGGCGAUCGUGUGAUGUGUGUUCAAAUUCAUGGAGAUGCUGCAUUUGCUGGUCAAGGCAUUGUGAUGGAAGGCCUGGGCAUGAGUAAUUUGGCCCACUAUUCCUCGGGAGGUUCUGUUCAUAUUGUCGUCAACAACCAGCUGGGAUACACUACACCUGCUCAAAAUGCUCGCUCGUCAGCCUACUGUUCUGAUAUCGGUAAAAUGAUCAAUGUGCCAGUUGUUCAUGUCAAUGGCGAUUUCCCUGAAGAUGUUGCUAGAGCUUUAGAUAUGGUAUUCGAAUAUAGAAACAAGUUUAGAAAGGAUAUUAUUCUUGAUUUAAUGUGCUAUCGUCGCUGGGGCCACAACGAGUUGGACGAGCCCGCCUUCACUCAGCCCAUCAUGUAUAAUAACAUUAGACAUCGCACCUCUGUCCCCAAGCUCUAUGAAAAGAAACUGAUUGACGAAAAGACUCUUAGUUCGACAGAGGAGGCUCAACAGGUGCGUGAAAGCCAAGUGAAGCAACUAGAGCAAGGUCUGCAAGAUGCUGAGAGCUUUGUACCCGAUGCUGAACACUUCCACCUCGACAAGAACUGGAAAGGCUUCCGCCAUAUUACAUCAGCCAGCGAAAGUGAGACGCCCGAUACAGGCUACGAUGAAACUGCGUUGACAGAGAUUGGCCAGCGCUCGGUCACUCCUCCUGAUAAUGUCAAGGUACAUUCUCGCUUGCAGAAAUACCAUAUUGACCAGCGUACCAAGAAGUUGAAACAAGGCCACGGUUUGGACUGGGCAACUGCUGAAGCUCUGGCAUUUGGGUCACUUAUUCAAGAAGGCUAUGAUGUGCGUAUUUCUGGUCAGGAUGUGGGUCGUGGCACCUUUUCUCAGCGUCAUGCCAUGUUUGUGUGUCAAGAUACUGAGCGCGCAGUAAUUCCUUUGAACCACAUGCAAGCUGAUCAAAAGAAUUUCUUGGAGGUAGCGAAUAGUCCCCUGUCCGAGUUUGCCGUCUUGGGUUUCGAGUAUGGUAUGUCCAUCGAGUCGCCUAAACGUCUCGUGUUAUGGGAGGCUCAAUUUGGUGAUUUCUUUAAUGGCGCACAAAUCACCAUUGACACGUUUUUGUCCAGUGGAGAAGAAAAGUGGCUGCGUCAAAGUGGUCUAGUCAUGCUGCUUCCUCAUGGUCAAGAUGGUGCUGGUCCUGAGCAUUCAUCUAGCAGAGUAGAGCGAUUUUUGCAGAUGAGCAACGAUGCUUUUGAUGUCACAAAAAUGCAAGAUAGACCACCCAACUGGCAUAUUGUGAACUGUACGACACCAGCGCAAUAUUUCCACGUGUUGCGAAGACAGAUGCUUCGCAGUUACCGCAAACCACUCAUUGUCAUCUCACCUAAAAGCCUUUUGAAGUCUCCCCUUGCUGUCAGCUCUUUAGCAGACAUGGCUCCUGGAACAUGUUUCCAACCCGUCUUGAAAGAUGCUUCCAUCAAGAACGAUGCUCAGGUAGAAAAGGUUGUAUUUCUAUCAGGUAAAUUCUACUACGAUCUCGUCAAGGAAAGACAAGCCCGUGGCCUCAAUGACAAGGUGGCCUUGAUCCGCAUUGAAGAAUUGAGUCCCUUCCCCAAAGAUGCGCUUGCAAAGGAAAUCCAAAAGUACGAAGGUGCACAUGAAUUUGUAUGGUGCCAAGAAGAACCUCAAAAUGCCGGAGCUUAUGCUUUUAUGGCGCCACGAUUGGCUCAAUUGUUGCCUGAAAAUAAGGCAAUUCAGUAUGUUGGAAGAGAACCUCUUUCUGCACCUGCUGUAGGCAUCUCAUCCGUCUUCAAGAAGCAAGCUCAAGAGCUCUUGCAAGAGAGUAUGGGGAUCAAUUAA